AUGCAGCGCAGCAGCCAACGGCCACAGCAGCAGCAGCAGCAGCUGCUGCUGCUGCGGCUGCUGCUGCUGGUGUGUGCGUGUAUUGUUGGAGGCGAACUGAGGGAUUCGAAAUUGGGGUGUAUAGGGACCUUCCGUCUCCCGCUGUCUCCUCUUACCGUUAGCACACCUCCCCUUCUCCUGAGGCUGCAGCAGCAGCAGCAGCAACAGCAGCAGCAGCAGCAGCAACAGCAGCAGCAACAACAACAACAGCAGCAGCAGACGCACUCUGGAUAUCCUCCUCAACAAGCAGCAGCAAUAGCAGCAGGAACAGCAACAGCAGCAGCAGCAAUGCCUUCCACUACACCACCAGCAGCAGCAGCAUCAGGAGAAGCAGCAGCAGCAGCAGCAGCAGCAUUAGCGGAAACAGCAAAGGCAGAAGCAGAAGCAUUAGCAGAAACAGCAAAGGCAGAAGCAGCAGCAGCAGCAGAAGUAGCAGCAGCAAAAGAAGCAGCAGCAGCAGAAGAAGCAGCAGCAGGGGUGCCUCAUGCGGAUGACAAUGAGGGUAGCCCCGAAGACUAUGACUAUGUGGGAACGCAGGUUAAAGUAGUUCUGGCGGAGAUUGAAGCAGCAGCAGCAGCAGCAGCAGCAGCAGCAGGGACAGAAGUGAAGAUUCCUCUUCUGGUUGCUGUUUCAAAGACGUAUCCUGCUGCUGCUGUUGCUGCAGCAGCAGCAGCAGGCCUACAACAUUUCGGAGAGAAUUACCCUCAAGAGUUAAUUGACAAAUCAAAAAAGCUUCCGGAUGAUUUGAAGUGGCAUUUGAUUGGGGGCCUCCAGUCAAACAAAGUGAGAGCUCUGCUGAAGAAGGUGCCUCAUCUACACUCUGUUGACUCUGUAGACUCAGAGGAUCUCGCUUUGCUGCUGGAUAAAGAAGCAGGAAAAUUAGGGAGACGGCUCAGAGUGUUGGUGCAGGUAAACGCAGGAGGAGAUCCUCAGAAGAGAGGUGUGUUGGGUUCUGACUGGCCUUCAACUCUGCAGCUAGCGCUUGACUUAGCUCUUCUCAUCGUAGAAGAAUGCGACAGUCUAAUCUUCAGAGGCUUCAUGACUGUUGCGCCUCAAGAAGCAACAGCAGCAGAGGAAGCGUUUACAAGAAUGGCGGAGCUAAAAACUGCUGCGCUGGCCAAUGACACAAUCAGAGAAAGUUUAGGGGGCGAAGACUUAGAGUUGAGCAUGGGGAUGUCUCGAGAUAUGCAGGCGGCAAUCGCCCACGGCAGUACUCAAGUCCGAGUCGGCACCGCAAUCUUUGGGGCGCGGAUUAGGGUUAAGGGCAGCAGCUCCUUCAACCUCACUGUUUUGAAAGCAAUAUAG